CAGACAAGAAUUGCACAGGGAGAGCAGAUGGUUACUACCCCGAUAUAGAGACAGGGUGUACAACAUACUACUUAUGCAGCAAUGGAAACUUUGCAACCAGACAAUUCUGCCCUGAUGGUCUUGUCUUUAAUGUGAACAAUGGUGUUUGUGACUGGCCAUAUAAUGUCUGCCCUCCAUGUGGUACAGGGGAGAAUGUAGGACUAUGCCCCACAGACCCUAAUCCAUGUAACUGUACAAACGCAACACCUGGUACUGUGUGUUAUUCAGAUUGCCAGGUGUUGGUGAUAUGUGCAGAGAAUGGAGAAAGUAAUACAUUGGUGUGUGAAGCUGGUACAGUGGUGGAUUCAACAACCG